CUUCCCUCCAGAUCAUAUAACCUAAGUGUAUACUUAUCCAUGAUUCCCGAGACUUUCGGCGAAUCCCUUCAACCCGGAAUCAAAUCGGAAUAUGACCUGAAUUGAUCGGAGAAACAUGGCUUCCCAACGAGCUCUAUUUACGGCGAGCCGCACGCAGACCUUGACCUACUUGCUAGCCGUCUGCCCGUUUUCAAUUGCUUUUCUAGUCUAUAUCAACUCCUCCAUCUCGUUUGUGGUCACAGAAUUGAUUGGAUUGCAUGAUGGCGAAGGAGAUGCCGUCGGAACCCUCGGGUUUGCAGAUGAAUUACUUGCGCUGGUCGCUUGUCCUCUGUGGGGGGUGCUUUCGGACCGCAUAGGUGUCCGCCAUGUUUGUGUGGCUGGCUAUGGCAUUAUAGCCGUCGCAUUGGUUGUAUUUGUCCAAUCCAAGAAUGUUUACCCGCAACUUCUUCUGGGACGGUUGUUAUUUAGUAUCGGCGGCUCUGCGGUCUCGACCAUGGUGACGGCAGUUCUUCCAACUGUGACCGGGAGCUCCGACGAACAAGAAUCUAGCGAGACAGUGAACACGCAAAAUGGUUUCAACCAUGAAGCAUCAUCUCAAGCCCAAUCAGACGGCGAAGCGAACACGCCUUCCUCUCGAUUGGCUGGAUUCGUAGGAAUGUGCGCUGGCUGCGGCGCCCUUGUAUCUCUUGUUAUAUUCCUUCCACUUCCCGCCAAAUUCCAGACACUCGGUUUAUCGCCAUCAGAAGCCAUUCAGUGCAGCUACUACAUAGUCGCUGUAGUUGCUCUCCUGGUCAGCAUAUGGUGUCUAUUCGGCCUCCGGGAUCUUCCCGGCGAAGAAAGGAAGACAUGGAACUCACUCUGGUCGACUCAAGAUGAAGAUGAUUAUCCGACAUGUACUGUUGGCGGCAAAUCACGCCUCCCGUAUUUGGACCGAUUUGGCGCUGCUAUAGUUCUGGGAUGCCGCCACAGUGACAUCCUCAUAGGCUACAUCGGAGGGUUUGUAGCACGCGCCUCAUCAGUGGGGAUCUCGUUGUUUAUCCCCCUUUUUGUUAACCACUAUUACCGAGUCCUGGGCGCCUGCAAUGACGACCGCAGCGAAGGGCCCGGAGAUAUCAAGCACUCUUGUCCUGAUGCGUACAAGUUGGCCUCGAUCCUGACAGGCGUUUCCCAGCUCGUGGCCUUGAUCGCUGCACCAGCCUUCGGGUACUGGUCUGAUAAGUCUCGCCGGUACCACCUGCCGCUCCUCCUUGCUUGCUUGGCCGGUGUGAUCGGAUACACGGCGUUCCCACUUCUCCCCACACCCAAGUUCAGCGGAGAAGGCGGAAGUCCGAGUGUAUUUGCCAUAAUGAGUUUAAUCGGUAUCAGUCAAAUUGGAGCGAUUGUCUGCAGCUUAGCCGUAUUAAGCAACGGCAUCCUGGGUAUCAGUCUAAAUGAGGAGAUCCCGAGGCAGGCGUUCGACGCUGAGACAGAACCAUACGCUGAAGUCAGUGCUUCUCGAGCCAGCGACAUGGACAGCGGCGCAGACCGGCAGCCACUACUCGCAAGGCCCAGGAAUCAAAGACAGCAGCAGUUGUCCCAUUUGAAAGGAUCAAUAGCCGGCGUGUACUCCUUGUUUGGUGGUGCAGGUAUUCUCCUCCUGACUAAGCUGGGUGGUCUCCUCUUCGAUGUUUUGUCUUCAGGUACUCCGUUCUACAUCAUGGCUGGUUUCAAUGGUGCAUUGCUCCUGGCGGGCAUUGUGGGUUGUCUUGUCAAGCGCUCGAGGUAAAGUGCAUUCUUUGGAGGUUACUUAGAUCUUAUAUACAGAAUGUUCAUUUUCCUUUCAUGUCAUCUUCUCGCAUCUGUUUCAGAAAUAUAUCCAUGCAAAUCACACAUGCCCCAAAUUGGCGCAAGAGGACAAGAAGGUAAAACG